GGAGAGGUCUGUGCUGCUCCUGCUGCUGCUGGCUCUAAUAAACCAACACACAGGGACUGAGGCUGCCUGUCAGAGUGAAACUGUGAAACAGCCAAAUAAAACACGAAAAACACGCGCUUGGAUUAAAACUAUCACUUGUUGACGAACCGCCAGUUGGAUUUAGCAGCUCACGGAGCACCAGGACGGCUCGGGUGGAUCAGGGUAAAGGUAUCAUGGCUGCCCCGUUCACCGAGCUACCCUCCUAGACUUCCUUGAUAUAAACAGGCGUACCUGAACACCCCUGAAAUCCACACAAACACACACACUUUCAAACUUUGGUGUGUGUUUGUGUGUGAGGGAGGAAUGACAACCUCCCAUUUGAACGGCCAUGUUGCUGGGGAGGGAGGAGGAGGAGAUGAAGAGCUGAGAGGAGGCCAGCAGCACCGGGAAAUGGCCGUCGACUGUCCGGGAGAGUUAGGCGGUCGCAUGAUACCGCUCCGGAGAUCGGCACAGUUAGAGAGGAUACGACAACACCAGGAGGACUUACGGCGUAGAAGAGAUGAGGAAGAUCGUCAGCUGGACCUGAACGCCUCCCUCAGACUCAGGAAGCUCUCCCAGAAUCCCCACAUCGGCAUCGACAACCCGACAUUCCUCGAAGAUGCAUACAUAUCACAGCAGCCAUCACUCGGCAGCCAGCACUCACUGCUAGAGUUGGAGGAAUUAUUGCUGUCACUGAAGCAGGUCCGGGGCUGCCUGUCUGACCAGCAGAGUCAGAAUGACAUAGAGCUGGUUCUUGCACUAUUAAACAAGUCUGACUUCCAGUCAGCGCUGAAGAUACAUAAUGCUGUGGCCACCAGCAUGCACCGACCCUCUCCUCCAUACCCUCACACACACCAGGCACUUCAGCUGGCCAUGGAGGUCAGAAAUCUCAUCCAGUCAAGUCAGAACAAAGAGGGACUCGAACUCCACAGCCUGCUGACAGACACACACCUCCAGUCGUUGCUGUUGGCCCAUGACAGUAUAGCAGAGAUUGAAAUGCAGCCCGAACCACUGCCUGUAGAAGGAGAGACGUUGACCCAGUGGGGAGGAGAGACUGUCAAGAUAGUUCGCAUAGAGAAGGCUCAGGAUGUACCACUGGGAGCAACUGUGCGUAAUGAAAUGGACAGUGUUGUCAUCAGUCGUAUUGUCCGAGGUGGAGCAGCUGAACGAAGUGGACUCUUGUCGGAGGGAGAUGAAAUUUUGGAGAUAAAUGGCAUCGAGAUUAGAGGGAAAGAUGUCAACCAAGUCUUUGACAUUCUUGCGGACAUGCAUGGCCUCCUGACCUUUGUGCUGAUUCCCAGCAAUCAGAACAAAUCUUCCAUCAAAGAGUCUGUGGUCCAUGUGAAGGCACACUUUGACUACGACCCCUCAGAUGACCCCUACGUGCCGUGCAGAGAGCUGGGUCUGUCCUUCCAGAAAGGAGAUAUUCUCCACAUUAUCAGCCAGGCAGAUCCCAACUGGUGGCAGGCCUUUAGGGACGGAGAUGAAGAUAACCAGCCACUAGCUGGACUGGUACCAGGCAAGAGUUUUCAACAGCAGAGAGAAGCAAUGAAACAGACCAUAGAAGAAGACAAGGAGCCUGAGAAGCCUGGGAAGCUGUGGUGUGCAAAGAAGAACAAGAGGAAGAGAAAGAAGCUGCUAUACAACACUCACAGGAAUGAUGAUUUUGAUAAUGAGGAGAUUCUCACCUAUGAGGAAAUGGCACUGUACCACCAGCCAGCCAACAGGAAGCGGCCUAUCGCACUGAUUGGUCCGACCAACUGUGGACAGGGAGAACUCAGGCAGAGGCUGCUCAACAACCAACCGGAGCGCUUCGCUGGGGCUGUACCUCACACCACGCGUAGCCGUCGUGACGGUGAGCUGAGCGGUCGAGACUAUCACUUUGUGUCUCGUCAGACCUUUGAGGCCGAACUGGCAGCUGGAAAGCUGAUUGAAUCUGGCGACUUUGAGAAGAACCUGUAUGGGACCAGUACAGACUCAGUGAGGCAGGUCAUCAACACUGGAAAAAUCUGUGUGCUCUGUCUGCACACACAGGCUCUCAAAGUGCUGAGGAGUUCAGAUUUGAAGCCUUACAUCAUCUUCAUAGCUCCACCCUCCCAGGAAAGACUCCGAGCCAUGUUGGCUAAAGAGAACAAGAACCCCAAGCCGGAGGAGCUGCGGGACAUCAUAGAGAAAGCCCGGGAGAUGGAGCAGAGCUGCGGUCACAUGUUUGACUCGGUCAUCGUCAACAUGGACCAGGACAAAGCCUACAAUGAGCUGCUACGACUCAUCAACAAACUGGACACUGAACCUCAGUGGGUGCCCUGCUCCUGGCUGCGUUGAACACACACACACACACACACACACACACACACACACACACACAGAGCCCAAGGAGCCCAUUUCUACACAUUUAACAAACUGGACCCUGAAUUACUAGUGUGAUUUUUACAGUGUGCUGUUAUAUAUAACAUGAUAUUAGGGCUGAUGUUCGGAAAAACCUGCUGGGAUUUUGAGAAUAAAGUUGAACAAUAUUGCUAUUAUUAUAUAAUUAUUAUUAUUAUUAUUAUUAUUGGAAUUUAGUUCAAUUAAUUUUACAUGAAAACGUCAUUGCAUUCCAGUAUUAUUGUUAUAAUAUUACAAGUAUAUUAUGAGAAUACUAAGUGUCAUAAUACAAACAUUGUAAUUUUACAAGACUAGGUCAUUAUAAUCUGAGAUAAGACAUGAGGUUAUUUAUUGAAUGCAGGGGCAUUAUAACAGAGCAGAUAAUUCCCAGGGGCCCCAAGCAAAGACCUGCACUAAAGUCCAGAUAUUUUCCUAAAAUUGUCCAGAGGGACCGACCGCACAUGAGAAAGCAAACGCCUGCCUGCAAAAGCUGCUCUGGACUCUUCUAGAAUUUCCUCUGCCACCAUCUUAGUCCAAUGGAUAUUUACAGCAUUUUAAUGUCUGACAUUCUUCUACUGUUAUGAACAUGUCUGUGGGUUGAAAACCAUUUUCCGACAUCAACUCCAGAGAGUGUCGGGAUCCAGUUUUCCAGACAUUUUCAACAGAAACUAUAAUUUUUAAGAGAACCCACACCUAUAUAUUAUAUGCUAAUAACAGGGCAUUUGAUAAGUAUAUUCUAAUCAUAACUUACCAGAAGCAUUUCUUGGUAAUAUUAUAGCUACAUUUCUUAACGUAAUACUGCAACUGUAAUUAUGACAUGCAACAGGCAACUUUCAUUACUGUUAGUUGUUCAAUGUUGUAAAAAUGACACUCAGUACUUUUCCUCUGAGCUGGUGUUGUGUCCUAAAAAGCCUCCUUUGUUUUGCUUACAGCAGUGCUGGUGUUUUUAAUGCAGGGGAGCAAAUUAUGGCACAACACCAGCUCUGAGGGUGUUCUCAACACCACUGGGGAGAUAGUGAAGGAGAAGAUGUAUAUGUGCACUGUGGAGGUAAACAUUUGUUCUCGCAGUGUUAUUAUACUGAAAAGCUGCCGUAAUGAUGUGCACUGCAUCAUAAUUGAGCUUGAGUAACUGACAUCCAAGAAUAGUUGGGGUUUUCUUUAUGACAAAGCAGCAGGAGAAAAACGACACUAAGCUUAUGGUGGAUGAAUAUAAACAUAGAUGAUGUCACCAAACGAUAUCGAUUUCAGCUUCAAACAACAAAUGGCUACUUUAUUUUGCAGUUUUAGGACAUUUACUUUGGAAAUUAGUCAUGAAACUAAAACAUAAUUGUGUUUUUACUUUCAAAGUAACUUUUUUUUUGGUUAUAUUUUUAAGAAAUUUGCGACUAUAAAAUGCAGAUAUUAUUAUUUUCUCCUCAUUAAUCAGCAACUUCGUUCCUGUAAGGUUCUUUUCUCAUGGAAUUACUUGUAAUUCCAACUCAUUUGAACAGUUUUUCUCAACAUUGGCCCUAAUUCUUGUACUGUUAAGAAUAGACACUCUACAGUCAUUCAACAUCAAUGAGAAUAUAUCGACCUGUUGGCACUGGUUUAUAUAGAAUGUAAAGAAGUUGUUAUUGAUUGUCCUGAAAGGGAAAAAUAUUUCAGUUAUACUGAUCUUGGAUGGUGCCUGAUUUUUCACUCGUGACUUUGUUAUGGUUCAGAUCUCUGUCGCCGCCAUCGCAGUUUUCGUGUCUUUCAAAUUCUUUUAGCAGUCGCUGUUUUACCUCACCUGUUUGUUGUUGUUUUUUUUAAAUACAUCCUUUGACUUUAUCCUGUGAUCAUUUAAAUUAUGUUAGAUUAUGAUUCUUAGUACAGAUGAUUGUUGUAAACCUCUUUGGUUCAGGCCAUGAAAUGUGCACAGUCACAGCUGGAAAACAAAAAUACCCCACACACACACACACACACACACACAGUAGCUGACAUCUAAUUUAAAUGAACUUUUUGAGCCACUACAUUUAAUGCAGCGUGAACACACACACACACACACACAUCCUGUAUGAACACACCACAGCAGUUCAUUAAUCUGCUGACCUCUUGUACGCGGCCUGGAACUGCAGCCUUCUGGACCCUGACUAACUAACUGACUGACCUGUCGCUGGUGGAAACACUAUAGUAAUAAACACUAAAUGAACAGACACAGCACUUGAUAUCACUUUUUUUUUUUUACUGGCAUUUACUUUUCUGCCUGUUUUUUUAUUUUUUCUGACUGACCAAUGACAGACUACCAUGUCAGCUGACCUGUGUGAUGACAUUAAAGUAGACAUCUGAGCCUGAGCCUCGAGGGGCAAGUGGGUGAAGGAAAGUUGUAGUUUAGAGUUGUGUACCUGAUCGGCAAAGUAUGUUGAACUUAAUAUCUAUUUAGUGUGUGUGUGUGUGUGAGAGAGAGAGAGAGAGAGAGUGUGUGUGGGCCUGUCUGUAAAGACAGUGAAGUAUUAUAAUGAUCUGAAGUAGACCUGACACCUUAUCACUGUUAUCACUGUGUAGAGCAUUUAUAUAUUUGUAUUAUGUAAUGCUUAAAAAGAUAGAAUUCCCACAAUGCACCAAUAGAAUUGCAGGCUUCGUCCCCUCUUUGCCUUCCUGUCAUUGGUCCAGUAGGAAGAGGCGGGGCAGGUAGGAACCUGUAUUGAAUGUAAAAAUUAGUUGUUCCUGUGUAUCAGACAUCACAUCCUCCCGAGAAAAUCAGCUUUUUGUAUGAUUAUUCGCAAUGAAUAAAUAAUAGAUGAUUGAUAUUAAAAAAAACAAAAAACAGAA